CUUGUACUGGUGUACAUAAAUAUUUAUUUGUAUUAAUUAGAGGAAAAGACCUUGAAUUAAAGUUGAAUAAGGUCAAGGAGGUGCAACAGCAACAUGAUUAUAUGUUUACAUUCAGUGGACAACAAAGUAAACCAAACGGAGAAAAAAAGGUCCUUUUGUGGCUUUGUGCUCUACCCUCCUUUGUUUUCUCUUCAUCUUUACCACAGGAGUGUUUUUCUUGACUUUUUUACUAGUGAAUAAAACAUAGCUUUAACUAUUGUCUUCCUCUGUGUCUCCUUCCUUCAGGCCCCUUUAUCACCUUAAAAAAUAACUUUAGCACAAACAUAUGAUUAUUAUUCCACCCACGGACUGCUUCAGCUAGAAAAUGUGCUGGAUUAAUCAAUUUUAAAUAAAUAAAAAAGAUGACCCACAAGAAAAGAAGUCUAAUCUAUGAUUUGGGCGCAUGCUUUUUGACAAAAGAACAAAUGCCCAAAGAAGUCUCCCAACAACAGCAACACUUCUAUUACUCCUUUAACAGUCACCACCACCACCUUCUCUUGUUUUUCAAAAGUAAGCUCAUCUGUCUGCAAUGGAUCUGCAGGUAGACAAUAGCUCCCACCAGAACCUGUGCAACGAAUGGUGAUUUUACUGUCUUUUCUCCACAGAAACUUAAUAGUUUUUUUGUAAUAGUUAGUCUUUUAGUCUUUUGGGUUGAGAAUUUGCUUAAUGCUCCAUUUUUGGUGGAAAAAGUUGUACCUUUAUGGUAAAGUUUUUGUUUUUAGAUAUGUUUUCAUGUAUGCAAUGCGUUCAAUCUUCUGGGUUAUCUGAUUAAAAAUGCAUUUGGGAUUGUUGGCAUGAGAAUUUUCAUUUUCAAACAAAAAAAUUUGAUAUUUAUACUGGUUAAAGAGAUAGGAAGAUUUUGUUAUUUGAUCUUAGCUAGUGUAUGUAAAUUGUAAUGUAUGUUAGUUUUAGCUCGAAAUUGGACCUGCUAAUGGAAUGAUCUUAUGCAGGGUGUUUCGAGACGUUCCUAGUGAUAUUACCAUAGAAGUUGAUGGGUCAAUCUUUUCACUGCACAAGGUAAAAUCCUCCCAUUUUUACUCAGUCAAUGACUGCUUUAGAUUUAUCUUCUGUUAGCUUAAGCUUAAAGUAAUGCUGGAAUUGGAUUUGCCAAAAGCUGUUCCUUUCUAAAAAUCUAGACACCCUAUCAUUCCAGCAAAAGCACUUCUUAGUUCUUGCCAAAGGGUCCUAUAGAAAUAGAACCCAUUUGGCAAGGUUGAAAUAUUUGAAGUUGCUUGAAAUUACUGAAUUGGCAAAACAACUUGAAUUACUAGAGAAUUUAUUCAAAUAUAUUAUCUUACUGAAUAAAAAAAGACCUCAAAAACAGGUAACAAGUCUCAAAUUCAUUCAUUUCGGCAGCUUCUGCCAAACAAACAACUUUUUACACUAUUUUUUCAUUUUAGCCUGAUCCUGCCCAAGUGUAAAUUAACAGUAAUUGUUAAACAAUAUUACGAAGAUCUGCUAACAGAUCUUAAUUCAGAUAUCUAACAGACAUAUUUUUAAUACUUUCUCCAUCCUUAUUAAAUCUGAUAUUGCCCUCACAUAUAAUUCACUUUUAUUGUAAAACAGAGCUAAGCACCCCUGAUACAACUUACACAAUAAUAAUUUCCAGUGAAAAAGCAUAAAUAUGAUUUCUUUACAAUUUCUAAAAGCAAAACAAAGAAUUAAGCAAAACGUAUGAAAUAAAUCUCUAAACAUGAUUUACAUAAAGUUAAGCCUAAAUUAAUGUCUAUCAAAAUACUCUGUAUUAUUUUGUGCAGUUUCCCCUGGUGACAAAGAGUGGCCGGAUAAGAAAACUAACAUCAGAAUACAGGAACUCAGGCAUAUCAAGAAUUCAGCUUGUCAGCUUACCCGGCGGAGCCGAAGCUUUUGAAAUGGCUGCAAAGUUCUGUUACGGCGUCAACUUCGAGAUCACGCCGGCAAACGUCGCCCACCUCUCCUGCGCCGCCGCCUACCUCGAAAUGACCGGCGACUACUCCGGCGACAACCUUUCAUCCCGAACACAAGAGUACCUCGAAAGCGUCGUUUAUAAGAGACUCGAAUUGUGCCUCGAAAUUCUCACCCAAUGCGAGACCCUCCUCCCACUCGCCGACGAGCUCAACAUCGUCCCCCGCUGCAUAGACGCCAUAGCUUCAAAAGCUUGCGCCGAGCAAAUCGCAAUAAGUUUCUCAAGAUUGGAAUAUAGCGGGUCGGGUCGGCUCCAUAUGAGCCGCCACGCGAGCUGUGAGGGGGACUGGUGGAUAGAGGACCUCUCUGUUCUUCGCGUUGACUUCUACCAGAGGGUCAUCGCCGCCAUGAAGUGCCGCGGCGUUCGGCCGGAAAGUAUCGCCGCUUCUUUGGUCAAUUACGCCCAGAAAGAGCUCAACAAGAAAAGCCCGAGCGAAAAUGAGAAGCAGGUUGUGGAGGCGAUUGUGGGCCUUCUUCCAGACGAGAAAUGCGUGAUACCCAUUGGGUUUUUAUUUGGGCUUUUGAGGAGUGGAGUGUCGCUGGACUGUGCAGUGGCUUGCAGGCUUGAUCUUGAGAGGAGGAUUGGGUCCCAAUUGGAGAUGGCCACGUUGGAUGAUCUGUUGAUCCCUUCGUUUCGCCACGCUGGCGACACGUUGUUUGACGUGGACACAGUUCAUAGGAUAUUGGCCUGCUUUUUCCAGCACAAGGAUGAGAGUGAUGAAGACGGUAUGGAAGACGAGUCAUCUGACGUGUUUGAUGAGUGUGAUACUCCUUUGCCGCCUUCCCAAACUUCACUCUUCAAAGUCGCGAAACUUUUGGACCAUUACCUUGCUGAAAUCGCACCAGAUGCCAACUUGAAACUUAGUAAGUUUAUAGCCAUUGCAGAGACGCUGCCUACUCAUGCUCGAACGGUACAUGACAGUCUCUAUCGAGCCAUCGAUAUUUAUCUUAAGGUACGCAGCAUCGUGUCAUUAAUGCUCGGGCUAUUUCAAUACCUUAUACACGGAGUAUGUUAGUUUGUAUCUUUAUACAAAAUCGUUAUGAAAUGCUUAACUGUCCAAACAACUAGAAUAAGUAAAAAAAAUGCCUUUCUUUGUAUGUUGAAAUGUAUUGCUCUAAAAUAUAUUUAGAUGCUUAACUAAAAUAUAUGGAAUUUCCCUCUGUAGUUCAACUGUUACCUCACAUUCUUUAGAACGUGGCAUUAGAAUAGGCAAGUGUAUGCACCAUCAUCUUAUGAUCUUAUGAAUCUGAGUGCUUAUUGCAGGCUCAUGGAGGGUUAUCAGAUCAAGACAAGAGAAGAGUGUGCAAGAUGAUAGAUUUUCAAAAGUUGUCGCAUGAAGCUGGUGCCCACGCGGCACAAAACGAACGCCUCCCGCUUCAAUCCAUAGUCCAAGUGCUUUACUUCGAGCAAUUGAAGCUACGGAACUCAAUGUUUAGCCCUUGUCCUGAUGACGAUCCAAAGCCACCAAUGAUCCAACAGUCAUGGAGGAUCAACAGUGGCGCUCUUAGUGCUGCCCUAUCACCCAAAGACAACUACGCGUCUCUUAGACGGGAAAAUAGGGAGUUGAAGCUAGAACUAACCAGGAUGAGGAUGAGGUUGAAUGAUUUGGAGAGGGAGCACGUGUUUAUGAAGAGGAAUAUUGAGAAGUCAAACUCUAAGCGGUUUGCGAGUUCUUUUUCCAAAAAGAUGAGUAAGCUAAAUAUUUUUGGGGGUACAUCUUCAAGGGGGUCUAGUUCUCCCACAAAGCAGUCACAAAUAACUGAUUCUAAACUAUCAGAAGGAACAUGAUCUUUGCAGUCCUAUAUCUCCAUAAUUUCUUGUCUUAUAAACAAUAGUUAUUGCUUGUAAAGUGUGUAGUAGUCUGUUAAAUUACUCCUUUCGUCCCAAAAUUUUCUUCCUAGUAGCUUGAUUUGGCAAACAUACAUAGAAACAAAUUUGUGUUAUUGUGUUUGACGUUAAGGAAAACAACAUCAAUCACACAAAUAUUUCUAUAAAAAAAAUGCCAAAACAAUGUUUUAGGGCAUCUCAAAAGGAUAGGUAAAAAGUUGUGGGACGAAUGGAACACCCUGUAAUAUUUAUCAAUUAUCAGCCUUGUAUGUGUUCAUUCGAUCGGACUUUGUAAUGUGUUCAUCCCUACUAUCCCUUCAUUUUGUUCAGUUGUACUACAGAAGGAUGACUAAUGGGCUAAUGGCAGGAUUGGCAGACCUUACUCAUUAAACGACCUUCUUUGUGCCCUUCUUGUUUAUCCAUUUGAACACUUAU